AUGCCGUGCUAUAGUUUAAGAAAUAUCAUAAAAUAUCCGCGGGCCGUCCUGCGGACGAUCCUGGUAGUGGCGAACAACAUCUACUGUGUGCCGACGUAUCUGGUGUGGAUGUUUUUACUGCUCCCACUGAGAAAGGUGCACGAAACCUAUUACUACCGUAUCGAGGGCAUACUGUUUCACUGGCUGCUAGCGAACGUGUCCAUGUGGUCAUGGACGGCCGGUUACGAGGUGGUGGAAAUGGGUGACGACAUAACGACGGCCUUCGACAAGCGCACGUUGGUGCUGGCGAACCAUCAAAGUACCUCGGACGUGCCACUGCUAAUGGCGGCCUUCAACGCCAAGAAGGGCAUCCUGCCGAACAUCAUGUGGAUCAUGGACCGGCUGUUUAAGUAUACCAACUUUGGUGCUGUGAGUCUUGUGCAUCAGGACUUUUUCAUUGCAUCGGGCAAGAAAAACCGCGAAAAAUCUCUCCAACAGCUCAAAUCACACAUACAACAAUGCUACGUACCGCGAAAGCGAAAGUGGAUGGUACUAUUCCCUGAGGGUGGUUUCUUGCGCAAAAGAAAGGAAGUUAGCCAAAGAUUUGCAGAGAAAAACAAUCUACCAGUAUUAAACAAUGUCACGCUGCCUCGGGUCGGUGCGAUGAAGGCGAUCAUGGAUAUGCUCGGAGCACCCAGUGACAUGAACGUUUGCCCUUCCUCGUCUGCCACCUGCUCAAUCACGAACCCACCAUCACCACACGGCGGUUGUGGCGGUACGGUGGUACAGGAUGCGAUGAUCGGACAAUCGAACAGCAACAGCAGCACUAUCAUCACUAGCAAAGCAAUAACAAAGGAAGACGACGACUGUGAUACCUGUAAGGAUGCUUCGUACGCGAUGCUAAACGGACAGUCGGGUGGCUGCUUGGAGUACGUGCUAGACAUUACGAUCGCGUACCCGCAAGGCACACCGCUCGAUCUGCCCAACAUCGUGCACGGAAUGCGGGAUCCCUGCCAGACGUUUUUAUUCUACAAACUGUACCAUAGUUCGGAGGUGCCACGUGAAAGCGAAUCCCUCACCCAGUGGUUGUACAAUCGAUUUUACGAGAAGGAGAAACUGCUGGAAGAGUUUUACCGCACCGGGAGCUGGUCGGCCAGCAGCUAUACCAUUCCGCCGACGGUCGUGCACCAGGACUUGCUUCGGUUUUUGCUGAUACAUCUGUUCUUCAUUACCUCGACGUACGUGCAUCUGCAGCUCAUUCUAAUGUUGAUCCAGUACACGAACGUUAUGUACGUGUACAUGCUAAGCUAA